CCGCAAAGGAGGCAAUAGCACAAUUUAAAAUGACUAUAUAUUCUAAAUAUUCGCAUUUGAACCCCACUAUUCCCUCAUACUCACAAUUACUUUAAAUCUUAAUCGAUAUUAUAAUAUUUAUAUUCUACUAUUUUAUGAUGGCCGCUCAACAUGACAACAAUGAAAAGCGCGAGAGACCCACUCCCAUCCUCAGCUGGAGCAACCUCAACUAUGAUGUCAAGACCAAGCAGCAGGGAGUGCGGCGAAUCCUGCACAACCUCAGCGGCAAUAUUUAUUCCGGCGAACUGGUUGCCAUCAUGGGCUCGUCCGGAGCAGGCAAAACCACACUCCUCAACGUCCUCGCAGGCCGCGUCCAAGAAGGAAGCCUUUAUGGCAACAUCCAGUUCAAUGGCACCAAGCGCAAUCCACACACUUUUAAGCGGCUCUUGGCUUUUGUUGAGCAAGAUGAUCUCAUGUUCCCGCAGCUAACCGUUGAAGAAACGCUAAAAACUUCAGCAGACUUGCGGUUGUCCAACGAAAAGUACACCAAGGAGGAAAAACGCGACCGUGUGGACAUGGUUAUGCGCCAGCUGCGACUUACCCACGUCAAGGACACUGCCAUUGGCGGAUAUGGAACCCGUGGCGUUUCGGGCGGCGAGCGCAAGCGCGUGAGCAUCGGCUCAGAGCUGGUCACGGAUCCGUCCAUUUUGGUUCUGGAUGAGCCGUCAUCAGGACUGGACUCGUCGUCAGCCGAGAUGGUGGUUAGUCUGACCAAGGAGAUGUCUAGGGAGCGCAACCUCUGCACGCUGAUGACCAUCCAUCAGCCCAGUGCUGAGAUGGUGGCCAAGUUUGACAAGCUCAUUCUUUUGGCGCAGGGCAAGCUGGUGUACAUGGGACCAGCUUCUCAGGCGCUACCCUACUUUGAGAGCCUCGGGUUCCCGUCGACUAACUCCAACCCGGCUAAUUUUUUUAUUGAUUUGACCACCGUUGACUUUUCGUCGGACGAGGCCAUGCACAAGAGUGAGCAGCACAUUCAAUUUUUGGCAGAUUCGUUUGCCGAUUUCCGCGCUAAUGGGAGCCAGCUUGUGGUCCAUUCAUCAAACGAUUCGUCUGUUUCGGCAGCUACUGCGGAUGACACUCCUGGACUUUCCGCCGACUUCAGCAAAAGCUACAUCAGCAACGACAUUACGCAGGAGGAGGCCAAUUUGGUUCUGUACGAGCCCACGCCAACAAACAGCUGGGCCAGCGAGUUCUGGACACUUCUUAACCGUGACUGGAUUCUUUUGAAGCGCCACAGAUCGCUGGUACUUGGACUCUUAAUCCAGUGCUUGUGCAUAAUUAUCUUUAUUGGCUUUGUCUUCUUCCAGCUAAAAACUGACCAGGCAUCCAUCCAGAACCGCAUCGGCGCUUUGUUUAUGUUCUCAAUUAUUUGCUCGUACCCGCUGGUUUUCCCAGUCACGACAAUGAUUAUGUCUGGUCGCAGUGUUCUGUUGCGCGAGCGCUCCGCUGGAACCUAUCGUAUGACAAGCUACUUCUUUGCCAAGUCGUUGAGCUUUUUCCCAUUGGCAUUCAUUCCGUAUACAAUUUCGUAUAUUGGCGUCUACUUUAUUGCGCACUUUCAGUAUGACGCGGCCAAGUUCUUUAUUGGUCUGGCCAACACGUACGCACUGCUGUUUACCUCCCUGGCCUUUGCAUUUGGUGUUUCCAUGAUUGUAAAAAGCAUGGAGGUUGCUUUCAUUAUUUCGCCUGUCGUGAUGUCCAACCUCAUGCUGUUUGCCGGCAACAUGGCUAACUCUAAAGCCGUUACCCCCGUGCUGAGAUGGAUCAAGUACGUGUGCAUGUAUUACUACUCAUACUCGGCAUUUGUGCAGAACGAAUUUAACGGCUUGGUGUUCACAUGCGACUCCAAUGACACUGCUUGCUAUGGAACUGGCGAAGAGGUUGUCAAGGCAUAUGGACUGGGUGAACAGGCUAUUUGGCUGUGCAUUGUGAUCAACUUGGUAAUUGGUGUGGGUACAUUUGCAAUUGCAUAUGUCUUGACGCGCUGGCUCGCCAAGCCCAGGUGCGGCGGCAGGCGCCGGGUUGGCAACAGGAGCAGCAAUAGCAACAGCAGCAAGGAAGGUGAAGACGAGGGCGGAGACUGAGAACUUCAUUGUGGUUAGAAUAAAAAGUGCUGGAUAUUUUGAGUGUUGUGUUGAAUAGUUUAGUUGGUCUUGGUUAGAAUAAAAGCUGUGUAUGUGUGUAUGGCUGUAUGUGAAUGAUGUUUUUAAUAUUGAG